AUGGCAGAGACUUUCGCCAACAUUAUCGACGGAUGGAAAGCUGGCUGGCAAGGCGCUGCUGACGGAAUCUUCUCAGAUCACACCAAGAUCAUGUCUAUGAUCUACCGCGGGGCAUUCUUUGACGAUGGAGGCGAUGGAUCAGUCAUGGACAUUACGCCGCUAGCUCAGGGUAUCAUCUACGCUAAUGGUCUGCCCUCUAUUUGGCAAGGAGGCACCGAGGCCGGCAUGCCCUUCAUUGCGACAUCCGAGGGCGUAUCUACGGAUGACUCUGGCUGUGAAGGCUACGACUUCGGUGACGACGCCAGCCUUUCAGAGGACACCACUUCGUUGGGGUUCCCAGAUGGCGAUGCCGGCGCGCUGUCUGAUGCUACACGGGUCUGCAUCGACGAUGUGCCUUACUGGCUGUUGAGUGGUAGCGCCAGCAUCAAAAAGAUGGGUUCUGGUCGCAACGAGUUCAGCAACUACAUGCUCUCUCUCGACAAGCCAUACGGACUGGACGCUUUGGACGGUGAGCGAUGGAGCGGCAUCACGAAGGAGCAGCUGGUCAUCAACGCGGUGAACUCGUGGAAAAACAACGGCAACAAGAACGGCUGGGCUCCAUUCAGCCCUGAUCCAGAAGCUCCAGUUCCCGAUGUUAGCAGUGGCGACAUUUCUUUCAUACCUGGUGUGGUCGGACUGCCGGUGUGCUCUUUUCGCGAAGCUGUCGAGAUCUCGAACGGCGAUUCGGGUAACUCUGAGGGGAACUCCAUAUGGCCGUGUGCGAACUAUGCCUAG